CACCCACCCAUAACUGCAAUGUGAAGUCAAAGCCGGACGACAUUCUGUUUGGAAAUGGGGGUUUACGCAAGUACUUUCCACAACAGCGGAGGACAGAUACUCCUAGAAUCCACUGAUCCUUCUCAGUCAAACUGGAUUACUGCCCAUGCCAAAGUCUGCAAAAUGUCAAUUCCAGAAGCACAAAGGUGUUGGAGCAGAUUCCUUAUGCUGCAGCCAGAUAAGGAUGGGAACAUUCCACGAAAUCGUCUAUGUACAGAUAGCCCAUUCAGUCAGCAGUUACUAGAACAAUUACCUGUAACCAGAGAUGGCCUUCUAACAUUCCAAACUUACUGCAGUGCAUUGUCAUGGUUAUCCAAAAGUGGUGCAGAAACUAAACUACGAGGUCUUUUCCAGGUGUUUGCCUCUACCACCUUAGAUCAGGAAGCACUUCAGAAUCUGCUACAAAAUGUAUACCCAGACAAAAGUGCUGAAGAAAUGGCUCAGCUCUCCAUAGUUUUAUUACGAAACAUUGAUGAAACAAACCAAGGUUUUAUUAAUGAAGACCAUUUCACUGCCUGGGUUCUGAAGUUGCCACAAGAUAUUGCUGAAUCAGCUCUUUGGUUUCCAUUAAUACCUAAAGAUGUUGGAUCACCAAGCCACCCACAGUCUGUUCAAAAAUCUGCAACACCUGUUCCAGCAAGUGCAAGGAACGUGACUGACGAGCACCUUAUGACUCUUGCCUCAGAAAUGACAGCUAAAAAAAGGGACUGGAAACUCCUGGCAAAUAAUCUUGGAUUUCUGGAGUCAGACUGCCACACUUUUGGAGUAAGGUUCAGAGAAAAGAAAGAUCAGAUUCUGGAGAUGCUACAGGUCUGGAAGAACACCACUGGUGAACGUGCUCAGGUCAGUGCUCUGCAGGCAGCCCUUCGAGACAGUGGAAAUGUGGACAUCAGCAACAAAAUCUUCCAGCUGGAUUUUUAAGAUAGUAUAUUACAGUCUCCCUGUCUGAAAUAUUUCUUUUGUGUUUUACAGACUGUUCAUAUUUGCAAAAGACUGUUUAUUGAAUAAUAUAUUACAUUAAUAAGUAUAAAACUUAAUUUUAAGAAAACAGCUGAAAACUAUCUGUCAAAUUCAAACAUAUCUCAAAACAAACAAUGCAAUAAACUAUG